AUGCGUUCCCUCGUGCUACUGGCAUUCGCCUUCUCGAGGCUGGUCCGGGGCCAGUCUUUUGAUCCAAACAAGGCUGGGCCGCAGAGCUGGGACCCGGCUUCAGUGGGCACCAACACUACCACAAACACAACGUACAGCAACCCUAUAUUCACCGCGAAUGUGGGCGACCCCUACAUGACGAGAUACACCUCCAACAACCAAGAGUGGUACCUGUUCACGUACAGCACCAACGACAACAUCACCCUCCGGCGCUCCAAGGCCCUGACGGACAACUGGGACCACCAGGAGACGAGGGUUGUCUUCAGCCCAGACCCCCGGGGCCAGGACGCUGGCCAGCCAUGGUCCACCGAUCUCUGGGCUCCCGAGAUCCACAACAUAUCCGGGAGGUGGUACAUUAUUUUUUCGGCCACGCCUGACUUCGAUAACCCACCGCCUCUACAAGACGCUGCCUGCCCCAUCAACUGCCCCGCCAUUAACCACCGCAUGUUCGUCCUCGAGAGUGAUGGCCCAGACCCGUGGACAUCAGCCUUCACGCUCAAGGGCGAGCUCAAUACUUAUGACCAGUUUGCUAUCGACGGGACUUACUUCAUCCAUGACCAACAAAUAUACCACAUUUACUCGUGCUGGCAAGAGCAGACUUCGGCGUGGCCUGCAAAUCUCUGUAUCACUCACAUGAGUAAUCCCUGGACCGUCGACACAAACCUGACCGGCAGGCGGAUCAUCUCAACUCCAAACGAACCUUGGGAGCGUGUCCCUUACGGGAGACCAGACACCAGACUUGCCACAAACGAGGGGCCUCAACAGCUUGUCAACCCUACCACGGGCCAGAACUUUGUGGUUUACUCUGCGGCUCGAGUAAACACCCCUUUCUACUGCCUAGGGUUGCUCGAACUCGUAGGGAACGACCCCAUGCAGUACCAGUCCUGGAGAAAACACCGGGACGGCUGUGUCUUCUCCCAGAACACACAAGCUUCCGUGUUCGGGACCGGCCACGCAAGCUUCACGACGAGCCCUGAUGGCUCGGAAAAUUAUAUUGUGUAUCAUGCCAUGACUACGCCUGAGCCGCCAGCUGACAUUUACCGCACCGUCAGGACGCAACGGUUCGUCUGGGACGACAAUGGAAAACCAAAGUUCCCACUGGCAGAGAAUGGGCCAUUUCCGGUGCCGUCCGGACAAAAUGGGCAGGCGGCAGUGGACGAACGAUCGCUGAGUGGGCGGCUGGGCGGGCUUUGGUAA